AUAUCCGAUAACAAAACUCAAUUCAAAACAAACCUUUAUCGUCACCACCCGAACCGAGAUCCAGAACACUCAGGAAGAACACCCUACCCCUUAGCACCCACCGACUGCAAACAGAACAAACCGAUGCAAUCGAUUCCCAAAAACCGCCUCAAAACCACGACAUGAAAGAACUUCCAGACAUCGAAGCCCGCGCUCCCGGCACCGGGCGGAGCGCGGCUCCCGGCAGGACAGCGGCUCCUCGGGCACGCAGGAGACCCCCGCCCGCUCCCCCUGCCCGGCGGGGCCGGCACCGGGCCAAGGGGCCCCGGCGGCGCCCGAGCCCCGCGCCCGGAGCGGGCAGAGCGGCCGGCACCGGUCGGGCCAGCGCGGCGCCCGGGCCGCCUCUCCCGCCCGCCGGCCCGGCACAGCUCCGCUCGGCUCCGGCACGGCUCGCACCGGCACUGCCGCGGCGGCCCGGCCGCGCCAAAUUCCCCGGCCAACUCAGCGAGUGCCCCGGCGGUGCCAGGAGGGCUCCCGAGCGAGAACGUUCGGUGCCGGGCCACGGGCACAAGAAGCGCCCUCAAAUGCAGCGGCACAGCCCGAUUGCGACCCUGCGAACGCUGCCAGAGCUGGAGGUUCCCGCAACUGAACCCCGAAACUGACGCCGCAGGCGGGGCUCACCUCGCUUCAGCAAGGGCGAAUAAAUGUGUUCUCCCUCUCCAUUUCAUCCCCAGUAACAGCAGAAAAGAAAGGGGGGUUCCUCAAAUGAAAGCCUUCAAAUGAUGGGGAAAGGGGGAUUUUGACCUCAAUUCAAACCCUUGAAAAGGAGGGACACCAGGGCUGCCCCCUCAAUUUAAACCUUGGGAUGAUGAAAAUGGGGUGGCUACUUUCAAAUCAAACUCGUAAUACCACAACAAUAUUUACCAAUUCACUUCAAAUAGAACGCAGGGAUUCCCUGUCGCCCCUGUGAUACCCCUAACAGCCUGGAAAAGGCAGGUGUUCCUUCAAUCAACAGCCUUAAAACCACAAGUGAAGGCAGGUCCCCCCCAGUUCAAACACGGACGGUAAAAGAAAAGUAGCUGCUUCCCUCUCCUUAAUUUCUUUUGUCUUCAAAAGGUCCAUUUCUGUUGCUCGGGGCACCGGGGAGGGAUUGGCAAGAUGAAAUUGAGAAGGGAAAGGACAAAAGUCCCCGCUCCAAAUCCACACGGGCUCACCUGUUCGGCUGCUGCUUGCCGGCACAAAGCUUUGUCUCUCGGCACCUCCUUUAAGCGACGCUCCACGUAUCCAAGCGCGUAUCCUGGUGUUCCCCCAGACCCCGUGAGGAGCUCUCACCGUCCUUCCAUGAGACAGCCCCGGGAGCCCCCCAUAAACCCCAACAGCACCGUGCAAAAGGGAGCUGCGGCAAACCCUCCCCCUCAAACAGCCUCCUCCCGGCAGGAGCCGGCCCCUCCUCAUCCUCACAGCUCACACCUGGGGCUGCUCCGAGCCCUCCUCAUCCUCACACUCACACCUG